GCAAGCAGCCCUGGGCUCGCAGAAAGUUCAGGAGGGGAGACAGCUGCAUCUCACAUAUCAUGGUUGGAAGAAGACGCACAAAAAGAUCACGUAAGACUCUCACGGAGCCGGCCAUAUUUGCUAAGGAGACCAGCUGUGAGUGCCGUGCCCCUCAUGAGAGACUGACCAUCGAGCAAGCCAGACGCGGGACCCCUGUGGACCGGCCGGUGCGCGUCUACGCAGAUGGAAUCUUCGAUCUGUUCCACUCGGGCCAUGCUCGCGCCCUCAUGCAGGCCAAGAACCUCUUCCCCAACUCCUACCUGAUAGUCGGAGUGUGCAGUGAUGAGCUGACGCACAAGUAUAAGGGCUUCACGGUGAUGACGGAGGAGGAGCGCUACGAGGCGCUGCGGCACUGCCGCUACGUGGACGAGGUGGUUCAGGACGCGCCCUGGACACUCAGCCCCGAGUUCCUGGAGCAGCACAAGAUUGACUUUGUGGCUCACGAUGACAUCCCAUACUCUUCAGCAGGAACUGAGGAUGUGUACAAGCACAUCAAAGAAGCUGGUAUGUUUGUGCCGACGCAGAGGACCGAGGGUAUCUCCACGUCUGACCUGAUCACGCGCAUCGUGCGAGACUAUGACGUCUACGCCAGAAGAAACCUGCAGAGGGGCUACACAGCCAAGGAGCUGAACGUCAGCUACAUCAACGAGAAGAAGUAUCGCCUGCAGAACCAGGUGGACCGCAUGAAGGAGAAGGUGCGCACCGUGGAGGAGAAGUCCAAGCACUUCGUCUACCGCGUGGAGGAGAAGAGCGCCGACCUCAUCCAGAAGUGGGAGGAGAAGUCGCGCGAAUUCAUCGGCAACUUCCUGGAGCUGUUUGGCCCCGAUGGAACAUGGAAACAGAUGUUCCAGGAGCGGAGCGGGCGCAUGAUCCAGGCGUUGUCCCCGCGCGGGUCGCCUAGCAACAGCCCUCCACGCGAGCUGUCGCCGCUGCGCUCGCCCUCGCCACCCUCACACUGGGGCCACGCCCACGGGCACACACACACACACACACACACACUCGCCCACGGGCACACACACACACACGCACGGGCGUCCUCGCCCCCCUCCCCUAAAGCCGCCUCCGCCUCCAUCAGCAGCAUGAGCGAGGGAGACGAGGACGAGAAGUGAGCCAACACACACACACACACACACACACACACACACACACACACACACACACACACACACACACACACACACACACACACACACACACACACACACACACACACAAAUACACAUGCAUAUACACCACCCAGACACACAGACACACACACUUAUACAUACACAGUCACAAAUAUACACACGUAUGUGUGCACCCUCUGUCUCUCUCUCUCUGUCUCUCUCUCUCACACACACACACACAGACAUAUGCACACAGUCAUAUGCACACACACAUCACACGUCACACUUGUACUGUAUGUAGAGCUUAUCAAAAACCCUUUUCCAUCACACACACACACACACACACACAGAAAUGCUAACCAAACCCCACAUGCACACAUGCACACACACACACACAGAGACAGACAUGCUUAUUGAUUCCAUCAUCGUACCUCUGUCCACACCCAAAUGUCAUCUCAAACACACACACACACACACACACACAUACUCCAUCAGACUUGCCUGUAGAGCCUGUCAACUCCUCCCCACAGAUAUCAGCAAUAACACACACACACACACACACACACACACACACAGACACACACACACGCACGCACACACACACACUAUCAGACAUGCUUAUUGAUUCCAUCAUCUUACCUCUGUCCACACCCACAAACACACUUGCUUGAAAACCUCACCUCUCGCAAACACACACACCUGUUCCGUCAGACUUGCCUGUAGAGCCUGUCAACUUCUCCCCACAGACAUCAGCACAAACACACACUUACUGUACACACACACACACACACACACACAAUUACACACCGGCAGCAAUGACUGAAUGCUAUAUAUGAUGCUAAACCAUACAAACUCAUCAAUGGACUACAGACGACAUAAAGCUGAUCACCUGGACUGAUACAGAGAGGCAUUGCAGUAUUGGCAUCAGCCUGAGAGCAUCUCGACUGUCUUUGCCUGCAGUGCAGACGGACGCAGAGUGGGGACAUGACUAAGGCAGAGGGAGAGGGUGGACAUGUAGAGAAUGAGAGCAGUGGAGAUCUGAAUAUGUGUGUGUGUGCAGGUAGAAGAGAAUGAGAGCAGUGGAGAUCUGAAUAUGUGUGUGUGUGUGUGCAGCUAGAAGAGGACCCUACUGCUUUUUUAUGUUCAUUUUGCAGUUUAGCGUAGAACAACAGUGUGGGGAGUGGACACCAUUGAGGCCAGUCCAUCAGAGAUGCAGUCUGGUGUAGGAUAGCAGGGGACGCCCUGUUGCCUUGGACACAGAGCAGGGCACAGUUGGGGGCAGCACUGGUCAGCCUUUUAGGAUUGGUCUUGCAGGACUCCAUCAGAAGGGUGCAACGUAGAAUCUUACAGAGUUCUAAGUAGAACCUUCUAAUGAAGGGUUCCUUUGUGGAACUCGUUGAGUAUUCUUUGUGUAGCAUUGUAGCGAUUCACUGUUGCAGCAGUGAGUAACCGUAAAGAGGAAGACAGAGCCUAAUUUAGACACGGGUUCUUUGUGGCAAAGGUUCUCUGCUCGUCACUAUCUUUUGAAAGAGCUUGCUGAGAACCUUUUUAGAGUGCCAGGGAGCUGCUCGAAACAUCACUGACAUCAAGAGCAUUUUCAAUUCUUUGUCAUUUGUUUUUGGUGUGUGUAUCGCAAACAGAUUAGCAUCAGGUUGUAUCCUUGGCUUGUAGGCAUUAUGCAAUGUGUCCAUGCUGUUGUACUGUAUAUAUCCAUCCAGAUCAGACGCCGGUCUGAAUGAGGGACUGUUUGUGUUUGAAUGAUUUCAGAUUGUGUGAGCACACCUGGGCUGAGGUCACAGGUCACAGGGCUCCGCUCCUCCUGUCCUCUUGCAGGUCUGACCGCAGAGUAGCCGCACCCACCUGCUGCACUAUCACACACACACACACACACACACAAACACACACACACACACACACUUCUGAACAAACACACACACACACACACACACACACAGACUUCAAAAAUAUGAUGUCAAUCUGAUCAAAUGUACGCACACACACACGCACAUGCGCACACACACACACGCACACACGCACACACACACACACAAAGCCAUUUCCACCUAGAGAUACUGUAAUGUGUAUGCAAUGUAUGGAACCUUGCACUCUGUACAAAUGUGUUUUAUUCUGUUUGAUUUUUAUGAUCUUAUUUUUAUGUAUGAUU